AGCCCGUGAGAAAAGUUACAGUUGCUGAAAGCAAUGUGGACGUGGCAGGCGUACGUACACCUCCGAAUCAUCGGCAAUCAUCGGAAAUGUUCGGAUGAAGUCGGAAAAACUGCACCUGCGCACUCGCUGCGUGACCUUUCCUCGACCAUCAUGGCCGCCCUGGGCAGACUGAGUCAGUGCGGGACGUUAUUUUUCCGAAAUACAACGUUUAUAGGAUCUCAGUCUCGAGGAUUUCAUGUCACGGCCAUUCUGGAGAAACCCAAGAGCAAAAACGUGCUGGUGCUGUUGAGAAGCAUGUCUGGGAGCGGAUGCAGCAUUGUAAAGAAGAGAGGCAGAACAGAUGAUAAAGUUGUAGCUAUAUUAUAUGACAAAAGAGUCGGCAAACACUGUGUCUUCAGAGAAGAAAGAAGGAUCAAAUCACUGAAAUGAAACAAGAGAUCUGGUUCAACUGAGAUGUUACAGCUAUCAUCAUGGCAGUCUUAAGAAGAAGUAUAUUUAUAACAACCAACAACAUGAGCAAAGGACUGCUCUGUAAUUAUAGUUAAAAGUGUACAUUUAUGUAUUUAGUAGGAAAAUAAGUGGAAGCAAAAUCAACAUUAAACAAGAUAUAGAAAAUUGUUUAACAAUGUAAAUCAACAGUCGACAGAAUUUGUUCUCAUACUUCCUCAUGAAUAUUAUGCAAAAGUAGAGGAAAAAAAAACUGAUUGCCAUAAUUGGCAUCAUAUACCCAGCACUAGAGUAACUAUGAUGUCUGGUCUAUUGCUUAUUCUUCCCUUUUAAUACUGUUCUUACUGAUAUGCUUUAUGUGUUAAAGUACAUGUAACAUGCCAAAAGAACAGUGUCUGAAUUUCCACAAUAUUCAUGUUUACUCCAUAGAGUAAUAAAACCUCUUUUCAAUUAUGA